AUGGAAGCGUCAUACGGGCACAUCACGAUAGCUUACUCAGCAACUGAUAAGUCGAGCAUCUCCGCUUUGUUUUCCUCUUCACUUUUGAUUCUUUCUGCUAUGUCACAGCCAUGGGAUUAUAUUGCUAAGCUUGUCUGCAUUGGUGACUCCGGCACCGGCAAGUCCAGCCUCACUGUUCGACUCUGUGAAGGUCGCUUUUCCCCUUCUCACGAUGUCACCAUCGGGGUUGAGUUUGGAUCACGAAUCGUGCCAGUGGGUCCUCCAGCUUCUCUAGAGCUGGAACUCGAUGAAUCUGGGGGGUCGUCUGCGCACAUACCAGAAGCAUCUAGUUCUGGUCUACCUACACCUCCGCGAAAGCCACAAGGUGUACCCAAUCAAAAGCGCAUGAAGCUAUCCUUGUGGGAUACUGCUGGGCAGGAAACAUACAAAUCUAUCACUCGAUCAUAUUUCCGGGGUGCCUCGGGUGCACUUCUGGUGUUUGAUAUCUCCAGACGCUCGACCUUCAUCUCAUGUACCCAGUGGCUGCAAGAUCUGCGGCAAAUUGCAGAAGAAGGGAUCGUCGUGAUCUUGGUGGGGAAUAAAAGCGACCUAUCAGGAGCAGAAUCAGGAUCAAAUCAAAGACAGGUCACCCGGGAGGAGGCCGAGGAGUGGUGCCAGAUGAACAAGAUCGUCCGCUAUGUCGAAACCAGUGCCAAGUCUGGGGAUGGGGUUGAGCGUGCAUUCUUGGAAGUGGCCGAAAGAAUCUAUCGGAAUAUCGAAACGGGCAGAUACGACCUGAAUGAUCGUCGGAGUGGCGUUAAAGGGUUCGGUGCCUCGGGGGGAGCAAAUGCCGGAGUACCCAGAACCGUCACUCUAGGGAUGGAUGAUGCUAUGCGGAAAGGCAAUGGUUGGAGUGGUGGGUGCUGCUAA